ACUUUGUAACACAACACAAAAAACAGGCUAAAUACACACACGAAAAAAAAAACUCGAAAAAAGAAUGGUCUUAAAUACAAACAGAGUAGAACAUCUCGGAGGAAACGAACGAAACAUAGCGAUAUAUAAUUCGACAGGAUCAGAAGAUUCGGAGGCAAUGUCACCACCAUCUUCCGUGAUGGUGGUGACAUCGUCGUCCCCGCGGCAAGUUCAUCAAGUGGUGUUGCCACCCUUUAGGACCACGCUGCAGAAACUCAGGCUGCGCCUGUCGGAGAUCUUUUUUCCGGAUGCACCACUUGAUAGAUUCAAGAAUCAAUCGUGGGGGAAUAGGUUUUUCUUGGGUCUGCAGUUUUUCUUCCCCAUUUUUGUCUGGGCGCCUAAUUAUAAUCUCAAGCUUCUGCAAUCUGAUGUUGUUUCUGGCCUUACUAUUGCCAGCCUUGCCAUCCCUCAGGGGAUUAGUUAUGCCAAGCUUGCUAAUUUGCCACCCAUUGUUGGUCUUUAUUCGAGUUUUGUGCCACCAUUGAUAUAUUCUGUUCUCGGGAGUUCGAGACAUCUAGCAGUUGGUCCGGUUUCGAUUGCAUCUCUUGUGAUGGGAACUAUGCUUAAUGAUAGGGUUUCCUACACUGAUCAGCCAAGUCUUUAUCUUCAAUUGGCUUUUACGGCUACCUUCUUCGCUGGAGUAUUUCAGGCUGCCCUUGGACUGCUAAGGUUAGGAUUUGUGAUUGAUUUUUUAUCAAAGGCAACUCUUGUUGGAUUCAUGGCUGGUGCAGCUAUCAUAGUAUCACUGCAACAGCUUAAAGGGCUUCUCGGGAUAGUUCAUUUCACAAACAAGAUGCAAAUAGUUCCUGUAUUGACCUCUGUCUUUCAACGAACAGAUGAGUGGUCUUGGCAAACCAUUGUUAUGGGAGCAAGUUUCCUGAUCUUCUUACUAACAGCAAGAAAAGUGAGCAUGAGAAAUAAAAAACUUUUCUGGGUUUCGGCAGCUGCCCCGUUAACUUCUGUUAUUCUCUCAACCCUAAUAGUCUUCAUCUUCAAAUCGAAGCUUCACAUGAUUUCAAUUAUUGGACACUUGCCGAAGGGUUUGAAUCCACCAUCAGCAAACAUGCUUCAUUUUGAUAGCUCAUAUCUGGGGCUUGUUGUUAAUACUGGGAUCGUAACAGGAAUUUUAUCUCUCACAGAAGGCAUUGCUGUUGGACGGACAUUUGCUUCAUUAAAAAACUACCAGGUUGAUGGCAACCAAGAGAUGAUGGCCAUCGGUUUCAUGAACAUGGCUGGCUCUUGCUCCUCAUGUUACGUCACUACAGGAUCCUUCUCAAGAUCUGCUGUAAAUUACAACGCUGGGGCACAAACAACAGUUUCAAAUAUAAUAAUGUCCGCAACUGUGCUAAUAACUUUGUUGUUUCUGAUGCCACUGUUUCAUUACACUCCUAAUGUCAUAUUAGGAGCUAUCAUCAUAACCGCUGUCAUUGGGUUGAUAGACUAUGAGGCUGCACUUAGACUGUGGAAAGUCGACAAACUUGACUUCCUCACUUGCUUAUGUUCUUUCUUCGGUGUUCUGUUCAUCUCAGUUCCCCUUGGUCUUGGUAUUGCAGUUGGGGUUUCGGUUUUCAAAAUCCUCUUGCAUGUCACUCGGCCAAACACUGCUGCAUUGGGUAAUAUUCCAGGCACUCAUAUCUAUCAAAAUAUCCAUCGAUACAAAGAAGCCCGAAGAAUUCCUUCUUUUCUCAUAGUUGCUAUUGAGGCUCCUAUGUACUUUGCAAAUACUACCUACGUACAGGAAAGGCUGUUAAGAUGGAUCAGAGAGGAAGAAGAGUGGAUAACUACAAACGAUGAAAGCACACUGAAGUGUGUUAUUCUCGAUAUGACCGCGGUAACAGCAAUUGACACAAGCGGCAUUGAUACAAUUUGUGAAAUCAAAAAAGUUCUAGAGAAACGAUCGCUUCAGUUUGUAUUGGCGAAUCCGGCUGGUAAUGUUAUGGAAAAAAUGCACAAUUCCGGUGCUUUAGAAUCGUUCGGGUUAAAUGGACUUUAUCUGUCUGUCAGCGAAGCUGUGGACGACAUCUCAGCGACAUGGAAGUGUCAACCCUAACCCUGAAUUCACGAGUUAAAUUUAAGUAGCAAGUACUUAUCCCCUUCGGAGAUGUGAUGUUAUGAAUCGCAAGGUCCAACAAAUCUGAGCUAGCAUUUUCCGGUUACAUUUCAUGUAGCCGGUUGUAUUUCGUACCUUGUAAGUGGUCUUUACAAAAAUUUAGCAAAAAAAAAAGAAGUGGUCUUACAAAGGGAAAGGUGGUUGUAUCUUUGUAGAACAAAGCACCUGUGUAGUUAGAGCAUAAUGGCAUAUUGACUAUAAACCUCUUCGAAACUCAGACAACUCUGCCAACAUUUAGAUCAAGUUAGUAAACUUGUAAAUAUGAUCAAGGGUUUUCGGAAGUAUUUGAUCAUGCA